GCGCCAACGAUGACUGACCCGGCAAAUGACCUCCUCGCCCACGGCACGGCCGCGUACCACAACAAGAUCAAGGAAGAGGUGGGCGGCGUCUUGCCGCCGCUCGAAAUUCGCUUCACGGACCUCGCGCUCUCGGCCGACGUCCCGCUCAUGACGCGCCAAGAGCUGCCGACGCUCAUGAGCGACGUCACCUCGAUGGUGCGCGGUCUCUACCAGCCGUCGCGGACCGUGCGCAAGGACAUUCUGCACCCGAUGACGGGGACGCUCACGCCCGGGACAAUGACGCUCGUGCUCGGCCAGCCCCGGUCCGGCAAGUCGUCGUUCCUCAAGCUUUUGAGCGGCCAAGUCAAGACGACCAAGAGCCUUCGCAUGGACGGGCAGCUGACGUACAAUGGCGUCUCGGACAUGGGUCCCCACUUGGCGCGCUGGACGUCGUAUGUGGCGCAGCGCGACGUGCACUACCCGACGCUCACGGUGCACGAGACACUGUCGUUUGCGUCUCGCUGCGUCACGAGCCGCGAGCAGCUAGCGGCGUACACGGCCUCCGAUUUCAAGGGGUGCACGCUUGGUGGCAUCGACUACUGCGCACUGACUGGCAGCACCUCGGUGGGCACGGCGCUCCUCGAGCAGUUUGGCCUUCGCACCAGCCGGGCGUGGAUCUGGUAUGGCGUCUUGUAUCUCGUCGGCUGCUACUUUGCGUUCCUCUUUUUCGCGUAUCUCAUCCUCGAGUACAUUCGCUUUGACGACACGGAUCACAGCCACGUGGUCGGAACCCAGUCUAAUGACGGACGCUCUUCCACGGACGACGACGAUGAAAUGCCGUAUCUCGAGGCACCCAAGACACCGACGGUCGCCAUCGCCGUGGCCCCCCGUGAGGUCGUACCCGUGACAUUGACGUUUGAAAACUUGAGCUACACGGUCCCCAACCCGACAAAGGGCGAGCCCGACUUGCGGCUGCUCAAGUCUAUCAGUGGCUAUGCGCUGCCGGGCACGGUCACCGCGCUCAUGGGGGCGUCCGGUGCCGGCAAGACCACCUUGAUGGACGUCAUCGCCGGGCGCAAGUCGAGCGGCAAGAUCGACGGCGAGAUCAAGCUCAACGGCCACAUCGCAACCGACCUAGCGAUUCGUCGGUCGACGGGCUACUGCGAGCAGAUGGACGUGCACUCCGAGUCGGCCACCUUCCGCGAGGCGCUUCAGUUUAGCUCGAUGCUGCGGCAGUCGGACGACAUUCCCGCGGCCGACAAGCUCGCGUUCGCAGAAGAGUGCUUGUCGCUCCUUGGGCUCGAUACGAUCGGCGAUAAGAUCAUCCGCGGGUCGUCUGUCGAGCAGAUGAAGCGCCUCACGAUCGGUGUCGAGCUCGCGGCGUCGCCGUCUGUGCUGUUUCUUGAUGAGCCGACGUCAGGUCUGGAUGCGCGCUCGGCCAAGAUCGUCAUGGCCGGCAUCCGCAAGAUCGCGUCAACAGGUCGCACGGUCGUCUGCACGAUCCACCAGCCGUCGGCCGAGGUCUUUGAGAUGUUUGACAACCUCCUCCUCCUCAAGCGCGGUGGCGAGACCGUCUUCUUUGGCGACCUCGGCACCAAGGCGGCGCAUUUGAUCCGCUAUUUCUCUUCGCUGCCGGGCACGCCGCCGAUCGAGGCCGGUAUGAACCCCGCGGCAUGGAUGCUCGAUGUCAUUGGCGCCGGCGUCGAAGUGCGCGCUCAAGCUGUCGACUUUGUGCAGGCGUUUGCGUUGUCGGCUGAGCGUCAAGCGCUCACGGACGGUCUUGCAGUACACGCUGCACCGCACCCGGAGCUCGAGGCGCUCACGUUUGGCUCCAAGCGCGCGGCUGCGUUGAGUACGCAGUUGGGUCAGCUACUGCGCCGCUUUGUCCGUCUGCACUGGCGCACGCCGUCGUACAACAACACGCGCGGCGUCAUCUCGAUCGCCCUCGCCAUCUUCUUUGGUCUCUUGUACAACAAAGUGGACUAUACGACCUUCUCGGGGGCGACCGGCGGCAUCGGGAUGAUCUACCUCUCGUCCGUCUUCAUCAGCAUGGUCUCGUUCUUCUCCGUGAUGGUGCUCGUCGUCGACGACCGCAGCGCGUUUUACCGCGAGCGCGCGUCGCAGACGUACUCGGCGCUCGCUUACUUUGUCGCGUCGACGCUGACCGAGAUUCCGCACGUCGUUGGCUCGACCUUUGCGUUCGCCAUCAUCUUUUACCCGUUUGUGGGUCUCAACGUGUCGGUGGGCGCGUGCUUGUACUACGGACUCAACCUCUCGCUCAUGGUGCUCUUCCACGUCUACUUUGGCCAGCUCAUGGCCAUUCUGCUACCCAACGUCGACGUGGCGGGCACCGUCGGCUUUCUCUUCAGCUCCAUUUUCAUGCUCUUCAUGGGCUUUGCGCCGCCGGCGUCGCAGAUUCCGAGUGGCUUCCGGUGGCUCUACAGCGUUGUGCCACCCAAGUUUAGCAUGGCCAUUCUGGCUGCCGAGACGUUUGCCAAGUGCACGGAUGGCCACGAACUCGGCUGCAAGACGCUCGCGCACGUUCCGCCCAGUGUCCUCAAAGCGAUGGGCAAUGCCUCCAGCAUCACGCUCAAGGAGUACGUCGAGGGCGUGUACGAGAUGAAGUACGACGACGCCAGCACCAACACGCUCGCCACGCUCGGCUGGAUCGCCAUCAUCUUGGCUCUCAACGCGAUCGCGCUUCGCUUCAUCAACCACCAAAAGAGAUAG